AUGUUCCACCUCACCUGGCAAGACUUUCUUUCUUUAGGAACAGUUUCCAGUAAGCCUUCUCUCAUAGAUCCACCCUGGAAAAAAGUGAAUAUUACACACUGUAUUUGUCAGAGUCUCUGAAAUUGCAAGUAGUCCAGGGUUCUAUGCCUUCUAUUCAUACAGCAGCAAAAAGGUUAAGUAAGGACCUAUGGACCUUGAUUCUUGCUACGCUAUUUCGGCGAUAAUCAUAAGAGUGUUCAAAAGGCUAAAUUUCUUCCCAGAGGCCAGGAGGAGGAGUGAAUGGAGAAGGAAUCUUCUCUUUUCUUGUGGAUUGCCCAACAAAUAUGCAGCAUUUCUUCAGAGGUUCCUUGCUCCUCCCAAGAACAUGAUGGGUCUGUACAUUACCAGUGUCCCCUCUAUCCUUAAAAAGUCAGCACUCACCAACUGGCCUUGGAUCAGUGGAUCAUUGCUUCUUGUCUCUAUACCCCAAACUACUGUAAAGGAGCCCCAAAACAUGGCAUCAUUCAGAGCAUGCCAGUUAGCUGGUAAAUCAGUGUGUCUUGGCUUUUCUGGGUUCAUUGCAAAUUUCUUCCUGUGAAAAUAUUUCUAAAAGAGAGUGAGAGUCUCUUCUACAAGGGGUAUGAGGAUUUGAUUGCUCAGUAUUACUUUUGUAAGUAG